GCCGGCCCUUAGCAACGGACCUGGCGACAGUCUCUGUGGCCGCUGCGGCCCCCGCGGGCUAGUCUUUCCAAAUCUCCACUGCGGGGGCCUGCUUGGCCCGGAUAAGAACCGAGAGGACACAGAGUGUCCCCGCGAAGGCUGCAGGAGUACUAAGCAUGGAUGGCAGCCGGAGAGUCAGAGCAACCUCUGUCCUCCCCAGAUACAGUCCACCAUGCCUAUUUACAGGACACUUGAGCACCAAGAGCAAUGCUUUUUGCACUGACUCCUCUUCUCUCAGACUAACCACUCUCCAGCUGGUCAAGAAUCACAUGGCUGUUCACUAUAAUAAAAUCCUUUCAGCCAAAGCCGCUGUGGACUGCUCAAUUCCAGUAAGUGUGCGUACCAGCAUCAAAUACGUGGAUCAACAACGAAAAAAGAAACUGAAGAAGGAAUUGGCACGAUGUGAGAAGGAGUUUAAAUUAAGUAAAUAUGCAAUGCAGAGCAAUUCCAAAAUGAGCGCCAAGUCCCUUUGUAACUCCUUCCAGAAGCCCGCAGGGGAACCACAAGGCCAGGAUAUGUUAAUAGAAGAAGUGACAAGAUACCCAUCAUUUUCAAAGUCAUUCAUCCCUUCUUCAGAUGGACUACAUCUAAGUCAGCCUGCACUGAAUAAAAUUCUCCUGAAUGGCACCCAGAAGCAUCCCAGCACCUCGCCACCCAGCAUGGCUUAUGUAGGAUCUGCACCCAGGAGCCCAUACGCUGGUCAUGGCUGUGACAGGAGACCUCGGAGUGCCUUCCCAAGUGCCCACCGGUUCCACCUAGUCAUUUCCAAGACCCCCAGUGGAGAUCUUUUGGAAAAGCACUCUGACCUCUUUUCGAACAAACAGUUGCCAUUCACUCCACGCACUUUAAAGACAGAAGCAAAGUCCUUUCUAUCACAGUACCGCUAUUACACACCUGCCCGAAGAAGAAAGGAGUUUCCAGAUGAGCGGAUGGAAGCUGAGACCCAGACGGAACUGAGCAGCUUUAAUUCGGAGUCUGGGACAGUGGAGACAAAGGACUCAGAAGUGAACUUAACACAGGUACCUAAUUAUAUGACAAAUGAUGCUGAAGACCAAAUAUCUCCUUUGCCCUCACAAGAAGAAAACUUAGAAUGGGUCGGGAUUCAAGAUGGGACUCUGCAGCGGUCCUCCGAAACGACACUCUGUGAGCUCUCCACACAGCUUUCUUCAGACAAUAAAAGCUACUCUGAUGAAGAAGAGCUGCUGUACCUGAAUUUCAUGGAAAAUGUGACAGAUGAAAUUUUGAAACUUGGUUUAUUUACCAACAGGUUUUUAGAACAACUGUUUGAGCGACAUAUAAGACAAAAUAAACAUCAUCUGGAGGAGGGGAAAAUGCGCUGCCUGCUGCAUAGCCUGAUGGUUGACUUAGGCUGCAUAACUGCGGAAGAGCCAUCAAAGCAAAAAGAUUUCAGGAAGUUGAGUCAACUUGAUUUUCCAAAGACUCUGAUUUCAAAACAAACUAAACUCACAAGUGAGGAUACAGUAAUUGAGCAAGAACGCCAGCAAUUCCAGGAGGCUCUGGACAUGUUGUCGUCUGUGCCGAAGGAUAAAACCAAGAUGUUCUCUUUACCGGGGGAAUUUUUAAUACCCGACCAUAAAUCCAAAUAUUCAGAUGGUGUUAUAAUUCAGCAGGUCAGUGAUGAGACAGAUCUUGAAGCCUCGACCUGUGAUGAAAACAAUCCAAGUCUAUCUGACCAGGAAACCUCUGUGCAUAUCAUUGAAGGUGAUAGUGAUGCUGAGAGGGUUGAGACUUCCCGGGAAUUGUGUUGUCUUAGUAGCACAUCACUGUCCCCGUAUGUCCAGUUCCCCAGCGUCAAAGGUGGCAGUAAUCAUGAUGAAUUAUUGACUCUAAAAAUCAUGGAAAUGAGCAUUGAAGACUGACCUUUAGAUCUUCAUUAAUAAAUACUCCAUGUAGCCAGUAACUCAA